ACUAGAACUACUUAUUCAGUCUUAGAUUGUCCGAGUUUCCCAUCGCAAGGCUCGCAGGACUUUAGGCAGAAGCGCUCCUGCGCCUCCUGCAGGCCUCCUCAUACAGCCACAUAUACUUGAUUUCGUUCGACAACGACAUCCUAGCGGAAGACAUAAGCUCAAGAAUGUCAAGAAACAAAACCUGUUUUUUUUUUGGCUGUAAAUUGAAGCAUUGUUUGCGACUCAGGCUCUCUGAACAUAGUAUCUCAAUAUUUAUACACUCACUCCUCUUCGAGCUCCAAGAAAUAUCAUAGAUCCGGCAGUUAUACCAAAAGAUAAAAUCAUGAGCUAUUCACUUCACAUCGUUACCUCUAGACGACCCCAAAUUUUCGACGACCAAAAGAAAGACAGACCAUACCAUUGGGCUUUCUUCCUCCAAACGGGGACUGAGCGUGGUGAUGGUUCUGUUUUACAGCUUCAUGGAAUGCCAGGGGCAUUCUACUAUGAGGGAGAGGAGAAAGUUGUCCCUCACGCACCCGGAAGUAUCAAGGCCGAGGUCGAGAUUGGUGCUGUUCCUGUAGCGCGCUAUGAGCGUUUCAAGGAACUCUUAAAGGCUGUUCCUAUCUCGAAGGAUGAAUCAUCGGGGUGGAAUUGCCAAGACUGGAGUCUGCAAGCUUUAGCAUCGCUUCGGGAAGAAGGAUUUGUGGACGACACAUAUAGUGAUGCUGCACUAAGGUAUUGGCUUCGGGAAGAGGACGUUUAGGCGUGUAGUUGC